UGGCUUUUAGUAACAGUUAUUGGCCAUGCUUAAGUUGACAUUAGUCUCCCUGUUGGCCACUUUGGCGCUGGCCCAGCACAACCCUCAGUGGUGGGGCAAUCGCAACACCAUCGUCCAUCUCUUUGAAUGGAAGUGGGCGGACAUUGCGCAGGAGUGCGAGGACUUUCUCGCUCCCCAUGGCUAUGCCGGCGUGCAGGUGAGCCCCGUGGCCGAGAACAUCAUAUCCGAGGGUCGGCCGUGGUGGGAACGCUACCAGCCCAUUUCCUACAAGCUGAUCACACGCUCCGGCAACGAGCUCGAGUUCGCCGACAUGGUGCGUCGCUGCAACGACGUGGGCGUCCGUAUCUAUGUAGACGUGCUGCUCAAUCACAUGUCCGGCGAUUGGGUAGGCACUGCCCGUGGCACAGGCGGCUCGGUGGCUGAACCCAGCCGCAAGUCCUUCCCGGGCGUGCCCUACACAGAGAAGGAUUUCCAUCCCAGCUGCGAGAUCUACGACUGGAACGAUCGCUUCCAAGUGCAGCAAUGCGAGCUGGUUGGCCUCAAGGAUCUGGAUCAGAGCAGCGACUACGUGAGGAAGCAGCUCAUUGAGGUGCUCGAUCAUCUGAUCACACUCGGCGUCGCCGGCUUCCGCGUGGAUGCGGCCAAGCACAUGGCUGCCACGGACCUGGACUAUAUUUACAGCAACACGCGCAACCUGAACACAGACCAUGGCUUCCCCAACAAUGCACGUCCCUUCAUCUACCAGGAGGUCAUCGAUCAUGGCCACGAGACUGUCUCGCGUGAUGAGUAUACGCCACUGGGAGCCGUCACCGAGUUCCGUUUCUCGGAGGAAAUCGGCAAGGCUUUCCGCGGCAACAACGCGCUGAAAUGGCUUUCGAGCUGGGGCACCGACUGGGGAUUCCUGCCCUCCGAUGAGGCGCUCACCUUUGUGGACAACCACGACAAUCAGCGCGACGGCGGCCAGGAGCUCAACUACAAGUCGCCCAAGCAGUACAAAAUGGCCACCGCCUUCCAUUUGGCCUAUCCCUACGGCAUCAGCCAGGUGAUGAGCUCCUUUGGCUUCGACGACCGCGACCAGGCGCCGCCCCAGGAUGCCCAGGAGCGCAUCAUCUCGCCGCAGUUUGAUGCCGAUGGCGCUUGCACCAAUGGCUGGAUCUGUGAGCAUCGCUGGCGACAGAUCUACAACAUGGUGGCCUUCAAGAACGCCGUCAGGGGCACCCAGAUGAACAACUGGUGGGACAAUGGCGACAACCAGAUUGCCUUCUGUCGCGGCUCCAAGGGCUUUGUGGCCUUCAACAAUAAUCUCUACGAUCUGUCGCAGAAUUUGCAAACCUGCUUGCCCGCCGGCGAGUACUGUGACGUCAUCUCCGGCAACCUGGUGAAUGGCGCCUGUACAGGCAAAUCAGUGACGGUGGAUGGCAGUGGCUACGGCUACAUUCACAUUGGCGCCGAGGACUUCGACGGCGUCCUAGCCCUGCACACAGAUGCGCGUUUGUAAGAGCCGCAUAAAUAAAAAGGAUAUUCCAAAAAGCUGUUAAUUUUCUUGUUUUCAAAUAACGACAUUGAAUCGGGAUUUAUUUCUCAAUUGUUACAAUAAAACGCACAUAAACUAUAAUUUUGGCUAAAC